UAGUUUUGCCAAGGACGAAAUUGUCGGUAGUAUGAUGUGAACGCAAGGUGUUAAAUCUGUGUUUAUAAAUGAAAAAAUGGAAGACGUGGCUAACGUAUCAAUACGAAAAGCAAGAGAAAACCUUUGCAAAUGGGAUGAUUUAACUGACCCAAUCGCUCCUAUAAGUGACGAAAAUCAAGAAAGUGUCGUCGAAUUAUUACCUGCUGCUACAUCUAGGCCAUAUUCUAGUGAACUAUACGCGCGACCUGCCAACUCGAUACCUCUGGCUCACGAGACCAGGAGCGACACGUCUUUAAAAGUUCAGAGUUCAUCAUCAAUCGCAUCCAUCAGUGAGUUUUUGAACUGGUAUGAUGAUGCUGAAGAGAAACAUGCACACAAGAUAAAAGGAGAUCUGCUGUUACCUUCUGCUGUCAAGGCUGAGAACCCCAGUAACUGCACCUUGGGGACUAAAUCUGCAAUUGCAGACUACAUUGGUCAGCUCAAUGGCCACAGAGAGGAAAGUCAGGCUCUGUUGCACCAACUUAAUGCUGCACUUCACCAUCUGGAUGAGCUUCACUCUCAGUACACAAGUGUGUCAACACGCACUACAGCUCUACACACAGACUGUGAGCAUUUGCUUGCAGAGCAGACUAGUCUGUCAAACACUGCUGAAGAUAUUCAAACUAAACUGUGGUACUUCACACAAGUGGAAUCCAUCUCUCAGAAGCUCACAUCUCCUGCCUUCACUGUCACAAGUGAAGGAUUUAUUCCCCUUCUGGCUAAAAUUGAUCAGUGUAUUGCAUACAUGAGAAAUAAUCCCAAGUACAGAGAGUCUUCAAUAUAUUUGGUUCGUUACAUGCAUUGCUUGAGUAGAGCACUAGGCCUCAUAAGAAUUUAUGUUACCAAAUCUUUAGAAGCUGCUACUAAGCAAGUGUUACCAAAGCCUGGUGAAAGUCAGCCUAAUUCAGAUAACGCUUCUGUCUUGUAUUAUAGUAAAUUUCGUACUAAUGCACCAAGGAUCAAAGCACUAAUGAAAGAAAUUGAGGACAGAUUAGUUGAUCAAAGAGAUUUAACCCUCGCAGAAACUAGUUCAGAGCAAAGAUAUUCAGUUAGUUCAAUUCAUUCACAAGCAACAAGUGAGAAAAUCUCAAGUGAAAGACGCAGCUUGAGUUCCUUAUACCAGGUCAGCUCCAGUGAUGCCUUGCAUCAGGUAGAAUAUCGUAACCUCCUGCUUGACUGCCACCAAUGUUACUUCAUGCAACGGCGUCAACUACUUGGUCCUUGUGUCACUGAUGCUGUUGCUCAGUUACUAGCCAAGUACCGCAAAGACCACUGCACACUAGUCCGGAGCGGAUGUUCUUUCCUUGUUCAUGUUUGCGAAGAUGAACACAUGCUCUUUCAGCAGUUUUUCUCCCUGCCUACUACUGAACUGGAUAACUUUCUGGAGGGCCUCUGUAUAGCACUAUAUGAUGGACUCAGACCUCUCAUCAUACACAUAGAUCAUCUUGAAACGUUGUCAGAACUAUGCAGCAUUCUAAGAAGAGGGAUGAUUGAAGAGCAUCUGCAGAGUAACCCACAGCAGUUGUCAGCCCUGCGCUCUGUUGUCACCAGGAUGCUAGAAGAUGCACAGGAACGUCUGGUGUACCGCGCUCAUGUCUACAUCACCACUGACAUUGCUGGGUUCACACCAUCUCCCGGUGACGUAGCAUACCCAUCAAAGCUGGAGCUCAUGGAGCAGAUUGCUAAGGAGAUAAACGACUCGGCACGCCGUGCGUCGCUCGCACAAGCUGGCUCCUUUAGUGACGCUGCAUCCGUCGUGUCCCUUGGAUCGGAGAGCGGCAUGGCGGGCGUUCGAGGCGAGCGUUUCAGCCGCGUGGGCAGUUCCCCUGCCGACCUCCACGGCAUGUGGUACCCAACGCUUCGCCGCACUCUCAUGUGCCUCUCGAAACUCUACAGAUGUGUUGACAAGACCAUCUUCCAGGUCUAUCGUAUAUGUAUACAAUCCCUUCCAGGUAACUCCUGCUCAUACUCAAGAGAGCAGGUGGCGCCCUUCCAGGUCGAAAGCAGCAUCAGGGAGACAACUCUGGAUUGGAGCAAACUGAAAGAUGCAGCGUACGGAUUGGUACAGCAUCGUGGCAACCUUUUCUCAUUGAGCUCGAACAAUGCCCUCCUGCAGUUCAUUGUGGACGGUACUCCCCAUGUGCUGGAGUUGCGGAUGGACUCGAAGCAGGACGUGGACCAGGAACUGAAGCGCGUGUGUGAGCGCCUGAUCCACACCAGCACAGAGACGCUCGUGGGGCGCCUCACCGCCUUCAUAGCCAAGCUUCAGCUUAUAACCAACAUGAACAGUAGGGAGAAGAAUAUCAAGCCUAUACUUCUGAAGAACCAGCCGUUUGCUACCCCUGAGAAGGUGAACGAGUUGGUGAGUGAAGUGUGCCGAGACAUCCGUUCCAAGUUGCCAAAACUGCAGCGUGACUUACACCUUUACCUGGCAAACCGUGACACAGAGUUUAUUUUACUAAAACCUGUACGUGUCAACGUAGCAUCGUCUUUCGGGCGUCUGCAGAAGAUUCUGAGUGAAGAAUACAGCGCCGAUGACAUCCUUAUUGCUAACUGUCCAUCCGUAGAUGAAAUUAAUAUUAUGAUGAACGCCUUGCUCGAAAACAGGGACGAAAUCAAAGAAAGUUCGUCUCGUGCAGGUUCAGUUUCACAGCAAAAAAGAACUUCUACCCCCGUGCAUGGUAAUGAAGGAGAAACGAAUUUGUCACGUGAUGAAUCCACUUUACAAGAGCAAAGUAGCCCCGCCACUGUGAUAGCUGUCAGCAAUGGAGUAGCUGACAUUGGUGUCAACGGGCAAUAUCCUGAGGUUUCUUCGACACAACAAGCAAGCAGCACUGCUGAGCUGACUUCAGGCCUCAACGGCACUUGAGUCAUCACUUUGCAGAUGCUCGAAGAGAAAGAAGCUCUAAUAGAACAAGUUCGAGCGUCUGUUGGAAGUUGAACUUUUGUGAUUGUUAUGGUGUACUUGUGGUAUAUUUCUGGGAGCAUGCGUCAUGAAAAUUAAACGCUGCAACGUCUUGAAGAGCAGACAAUUUUUAUGCUGGCUCUGUGAAUCUGAGUAGUAACUAUUGGGUAUAAAUCAGUGGCACGCUAUGGUUGAAUAUAAUCAAAGUAGAUUAUUCCGGCAUUUGCUAAGCCGCUUAAGCCUAGUGAAUAUAAUGCUUUGGUAAAACUUAUUAGGAGCCUUGAUACGAUUUUGUGAUUCUUCACGCGUGUAUUGUUUUUGUAUCGAUUAUUGUAGGUUGAAGUCACGUUGAAGUCGGAGAGGUAAAUGAUAUUCACACAUUCCAUCAGUGCAUCACUGCAAUGGCUCGUCAGAUAACCAAGCUAUGCACAGAACCUGCGAUUCUUUUUACUUGUUAUCAGGAAUUAAAAAUGAAGGAAUUUGUAAUAAAUGCAAAUUUUAAGAACGUUAAUGUGUUCAGUCAAAACGAAUUCGGUGUAAAACUUCAAGGUCCGUUAACAAUUUAGAUAGUAUCCACUGCAGCCAUUUUUUUCCAUGUGAGUAAAUGAAGGGAAGCGCCCAUUAUAUUCAGUUCCAAAUUUGUUUGUGCAAUGUAAUUUUAUGCAUUAUGGGAUUCAGGUGAUGAACCUGUACGCUUGCUGUAUGAAAUGGGUUUGGAGAAAUAUUAGCUAAUAUUUACAGAAGUCACAUUUUGUCGGCGUCAUUUCAAUUGAGGCCAAAUCCAACAAGAUAUUAUGAAUACCUGCGCCUCAUACGUAUUAUUGCAAGCCCACCAAUAUAUUGCCUCGCUUUUCCUGAUGCAAAAUUUAGGUAAAUAAUUGCGUCAAUUCAAAAAAAUAGUUUAAAGUUGAUUUUAUUAAUGGUUGUAAUGCAUAUGUUACGAGCUGGCAUAUUUGUUGCCGAGUUUUUUUUUUCACUAAUCGUGUAAGGCUUACACUGGGCAUUGCUUAUGUUAAGUAGUUAUUUAUUCGAUUCAAAGUUGUUAUAUUAAUGUAAAUGCACUGGGUGAAUAAUUGUAUGGGAUGAUCCAAUGUGAUGUUUUAUACCAAUUUUUAGAUCCUCACCGACUUCCGGCGUUUUAUUAGCAUCGGUGUUACUUUGCUGAUAUUUGUAGGUAAAAUUCAGUCUUGACUUACAAACUUUCGUCUUAUCAUACAAACACGAGUGUUGAACAAUAAAGUUGUUGAAUGCUGGCGGAAAGCAUCUGUAGUCCACUGUGUUUGCAUCCGCUGACGUUAUUAAUAGUAACAGGAAUUCUUGGACAACUAUUUAUUUUUAUUAUAUUGCAAGACUCGAGUGAUUUUUCGGUUGAGUUUGAACAAGGUGAUCAUAAUUUCCUGCAACUUUGUUUGCAACUGGCAGCUUUCUGAAACUUUUACUCCAUUAAAUUGCAAAAUUUCGUAACUAUUAAUCGAAAUGUUUUCCAAAAUAACUAACUAGUGCAUUUUUAGAGGUGUCAAUAGUUUUUCAUUCGAAUAAACAGAAACCGACGCUUCGAUUUGAUUUUUUCGGUCAAAAGCCUGCCAUCUAGUGUCUGGAAGAUGGUGCAUAAUCUUGAGUGGGUAAGAAGAGGCUUCAUCUAACUCAUUAUCGAAAGAAUUGGUGAUGGGGUUUCAUUAUGUAGUUUCAGGUUAAUUACUGCUUAUUUUAUGCGAAAAGUUACAUUUAAUUUUGUGCUCCACAGUCACAGAUUGCUCAGUGUGUGCUCAUCUUCCCGGCACGCCACCUGAGGCGUCGUCACUUAUUGUAUCGGUCAAAAAUACCAGAUGGUCAUUGUGAUAGAAAUUUAAUUGUAUUGUCCACGUUGAUCGUGAAUUUUUAUGAGGAACAUUACACCGAAUGCCAAGAAUGAAAUAAAAUAAGGCCGAUGGACGCAGUCAUGAGGAUAUAUUAGCUUCUUCAAGAAUUUCUGGUGUGAAUUGUCAAGUGCCUGUUAAACAUGA